AUGUCGAAGCCCUUUGAUCCCGAGCAGGCCGAGAACCUGGAUGAUAUUGAAAAGCAGUUUGCCGUGAAGGCUGUCGAACACCUGAUGACAUACUGGUCAAUUUUGGAAAAGGUCAAGGGCUCACAGCUGCGCCUGACCAAGAUGGACAACGAGAUCUACGAGUCAUUCAUGGAGGCAUUCCCCGAUUUCGAUCCCGCUGCCACUAUCAGCGAGGAUGACAUGAAGAGCAAGGCUGGCAAGGAGAAGUGGCGCAACUGGAUGAACCUGUUCGAAAAGAAGAUCGAUGACUACAACUUUGGCACAAUCAUCCGAACUCGCGCCGACAAGGAGUACGAUCAGGAUACCACCAUCUUCGGUGUUCGCAUGCACUUCUAUGCUGUUGAAAUUGCUCGCAACCGUGCCGGACUCAACGACUGGAUCUACGAGCGCAGCCAGAAGGCCAGCGCUUGA